CAUCCCUACUCGACAACAUUCAAGCCCGAGGCCUUUCAUUCUGUAUCCUCUGAUUUUUUGCCGACUGGAACUGUUACGGUUGCUCUUCAGUCUCCCCAAUCAUUGACGAUGUUAGCCAGACCCUCGGCUCCCUCCUACCUUGGCACGAAACAGGCCGCCUUUGUUGAUUCACCUGCAGUCGUUAAGCCUCCACCGAAUAAUUUGAUAUCUGUCACUAAGCCUUCUGUGUUGACUACUGGCACCAGACCACACCAUUCAGACAGACGAAGCCUCAAACGUGCCGCUCCAACAGAUUCGUGUUCCUUCCGCUCCUCACCCCAUCAACCUUCUUCACCACCCGAUUCAGUCCAAUCCCACUCUCUGUCGCACUCGACUUGUUACCGCCGUCAGCGCUUAUCGGGCCCCUCCCUUCCUACCAUCGUCGCACCGACAGUUUUGUCGGGUUUUCUGUCCGGUGAUCUUCCCGUAUCUUCUAACGCUCCUUCCUCAACUUGCACAGGCUCUUCCUCAUGUGUCUCCACCGCCGUCGCGCUCUCCUCCACGUCGGUCUCCUCCCAACUCCCUAACGCGUUUACUGUAUCUAGCACGGAACUUCACUCGGUUGACCUAUGCAGCACACAGCAACCGUUUCCCACCCAUUCAAUACUUCGAGGUUUUCAGCCAAAUAUGUACAUCCCUGGCACACUGCCUUCGUACCACAACUCCUCUGCAGUUGUACAUCAGCCUUACCCCCUUCAUCAACCAUCCGCACCCCCACAUCCACAUCCGGGCCAAGGUGGACCUGGUCCCAUCUCUGGUCCGUAUCUCACACAGCUAGCUGCCCAUGGAACGAAUGGUCAGACGGCAUUCACUCUUUCCAGUGGCUCAAAUAGUGGCAAAACUACUCCAAGGCAACCGGCGAAAAAGCGAUUGGAAGCUCGCACCCCAACCAUUGAUGGGGCGGGUGAUGACUCGGGUGCACUGGCCACAGGCAGUCACAGUAACACGCCAAGCCUGGACGAUUCAACUUCGAUGGUAUCCACUAUCUGUUCCGGACCAAGCUCGAUGGCUUUCCGAGUGCAUCAGAACACUCCAUUUGUCCCCGUUCAGAGUCGAUCAGGUCGACCAAGUUCUUCCGGUUCGUCGUCUAGCGCCAGUGGCUUCCAGCUCGCUCCUGCGGCGUCUACGGCAGGUGUAUCUCCUUCUGUUGGGGGAUUGCUUCGAAAGACAAGCCAUUUUGGUGCAUCUGAUGGGGAAGCAGCCUUGCCUGCUGCCACACGCGCGUCCAUUGCGAGUACUGCACAAUCUGACGAUGAAGAGGAAGAGUUGGUUGGGAUCAUGGUGGGCCGUUCGGUCGAUUCAGUCCUGCACUCUUCGUCAGACACCGCUACAUCCACAGGUGACCGUAAGAGAUGUGCUACCUUACAAUCUGGAAACCAACCUUUGGGAACCAUCGGCACUUUCUCGAUAGCGAAAAAUCCCACUUCCUUGAUGUCAUCGACCUCGUUUCCAGAGGUCGGUCGCAGCCCCAUGUGUGAGCGACAUGUGAUCGAAAUGAUUGGUGCCUUGUUAGCUAACUCAGCAGCGUCUCCUUCAUUUAGACGCUCAAGCCAAUCCAACUCACGCCGCAGCGCCUCGGCCAGCAGUCUGCCAUAUGUGGGCACGAGCCCGAACGAGAAUCUGCCCCACUUGACGAAUUCCGUCGGACUGGCUCACCCAUUUGCGUCCAUUACUAACACACGCUCCUCGCCGUCGUACAUAUGUUCACCUGCGCAAUCCGUAUCCGGCAAAUUCCCCCUUUCGGUUCACCCGGAAGCCAACGCUGUUUCAAACGAAUGUGAUGACCGUUCCUCUCUAUUCGGAUCCAGUGUAAAAUCCCGUGCUCUCCACCAGCACAACUUGCAUUCGUCCACUCCCCCUCCUCGGCUCACCCCCAUGUCUGAUUUGGAUGGUAUGCGCCUACCUGACGACUCGCAUUCCGCUUCUCGGCUACCUGCUUUGCAGCCUUUGCAACUGAACGGAGAAUCAAAUCCCAGUCAGGAGAUAGUCAAUUUUAUUCGGAAUUCGCCUGCCUCCGGAAUAACUCCGGAGCUAAUAGACAUGUUGUACAACAUGGCACAGCAGUAUGGAGUGCAUCAACCUCGUGCUGGCAGCCGCGCCAGUCGUUCAUCCAGCCAAGUGGCCCAAAACUUUUACCGAAGCUUGAUCAAUGGCUCUGUGUGUAGUUCGCCGUUUCCGGCCAACCCGAACAACUUCGGCUCCCUAAGUAACACUCUGAACGUUUCCAACACUGCUUGCCAAACUGAUUGUGUUCCAGUCAGCUCCACCGCUCCCGCUGGUUCUUCUUUACUCUCACCAGCCAGCUGCUCAGUCUUCUCUAGCACUCCUCCGAUGCAUCAUCUGAGGGGUCUUAGUUUCACACCCCUCUCGGUCGAUCCAGAUCAGACAAAUUGUUCAUCCACCUCCAACGUUGAUUGGGCAGAUCCAGUGUCAGCCGCGCAGUCAGCUCCUCCCUUGAGUGUGAUGCAGCUCCCCCACUAUCCAUCACGUGCGGUCACACACUCAUGCGGCCUUAAUCAACCCCGCGGUCCGCUCCCGUCACACACCAGCAGCUCAGAUGAAGGUCCCUGUCGUCAGUCCGUGAAACACUAAACCCUUUGUUGUUCGCACAUGUCUCUGGAGGCAUCACUGGCACUUUCCUUACGUAUUUGAUUUUUGCUGGUUUUCUCCACAGUCACUUCACCGGACUGCCUGCCAACCACCGGUUUCACUCCUUCACAGUCGACACAUGCACUCGUCAGUCGCUCGUUCACUCUCAGUCGUGCUCGGUCAUUUCCUUAUGGUUUCUCUGCUACACAAAUCAGUUGACUUUUCCCUUUUAUGACUUCUGUACAUAAUCCCAAAUGUAUACAGAUCACAUCGUGCUUCUCGGAAUAUUUUCGCCUGUUAUUUUUUCUUCCUCAGUGUUUUUGACCUUUUAUCUCCGAAGUUUAUCUCAACAACCACUAUGCCAUAUGACCAUGUGCAUAAAUUUUUAAACUUUCCCAACUGAAUUAGCCCAGUGUUUAACAUUCAUCCUUUUUUAUGUCAUCAUCCAAAUCACUGGCUGUUCACCGGUCUCUCUCCGUUCCAUCUCGCCCCAUUUUAUGCUUUAAAAUAUUUGUGACUGUGAGAGAAAAGUCUAUGGGCUUCCUCCCUUCCUUUCACACCGUGGCCUGCCGUUACCGUCCCCUUUUUUAUCUCCUCCAUUCGAUUGUUUUUUUUAGGAUUACACGGCGCCAACAGAUCGGUGUUAUUUUAUUUUUAUACCUGUAUGUAUGUAUGCAUGCCAGUUUGCAGGUCACUGUUUGCCUUCCAAUGCUAGGGGAACAAAGAGGCUAUUGAAGUUGCGUUUCCCACUUGGUCCAUCACUACUCUUGAAAUCCCUGUGCAAUUCUCGCUUCUGGCGUCGUCAUCGUCCUCGUCCUCUUUGCUGCAUCCGGUGCUGUUAAGGCCCUUUGGCCAACGCAGUUACUUUCAACAUCAUCUGAUACGAACUGUGCUGCUUUCCCGCUUCUUCUUCCUCCACCCUAUCUUCCUCCGCUUUAUGUGUCAGGACAUACCCCCAAUAUCGAUUCUCCACUUUUGCACUUUCACCUCUCAUUGUCUAAUUGUUUCACUUCCGAUUUCAGCCACAUACGCAUCAUGGCUCGAGAGUUUUCGUAAUUUAGGUAAUAUUUUUAUUUCCUUUUAUCACUAUUCUCAUCGAGAAAAGAUACGACAAAGAUCCGCAGUUGGUAUUUUUAACCUUUUAGGUCACACUCGCUGUUCACUUUCGCCUCCACAAAUUCGAACCAUGCAGAAAUGACACAACUAUUCUUAUCUCUAUCGUAUACGAUUCAAUCUUGUCAAUGCUGUUAUGCCAGACAACAUCGAAUGCAUUGUUCAUUCAUGUGUA